UUUUCCAAGGCACACCAUAUUUGAAAUAAUUGAGUCAACGUUGUUGGUGAUACGAGUAUUUUAUUACUAAUUUUUUAGUAUACUACAUGCACAUAUAAAGUAUACACCUGGCAAGUUUCUUCAUCACCUUGUAAAUCUUGGCAGGGAUUCAUAAACAAUGAUAUCAAGUAGUCAAGUUAGCCAGUGGUCAUUAGGGUGGCCCGAACUUACUACCCAAAAAGAUGACCUCACUCUUGCAUUACUCACCAUUUUAGCCAUCACAUUGACUAUCUCAUGGUUUAGAUCCUUUUGCGCCACAUCACUAUUGCCACCGGGACCCCGUGGCUUGCCAAUAGUGGGAUACCUUCCAUUUCUUAGGCCAAACUUGCACCACGAAUUUAACAAACUCGCACAACGUUAUGGCCCCGUUUUCAAGCUCAAGCUUGGUGGUAAAACGCUCAUCGUGGUCAGCUCGUCCGACCUAGCUAAAGUUGUCUUACGUGAACAAGACGAUAUUUUUGCUAACCGUGACCCCCCACUGGCUGGUGCGAUCAUCUCAUACGGUUGUCAAGAUAUACUAUUUUCAAACAACAAUUCUUACUGGCGUAACCUUCGUAAAGUGUUGGUGUCUGAAGUCCUAAGCAACAAGAAUGUAGAAGGUUCUAGAAUUUUUCGUGUUCGUGAAGCUAGGAAAACGGUCAAUUAUGUGUAUGGAAUGAUAGGAUCGGAGGUCAAUAUCAGACAAAUCGCCUUCUUUACAUCUUUAAGAGUUGUGACUAAUAUGUUAUGGGGUACAAGUUUGGUUGAAGAUGAAAAAAGCAACAAUAUUAAUCGUGAUUUCGAGGAGGUGAUUACCAAUAUAGUGGAGCUUGUAGGAAGGGCAAAUUUGUCGGACUUUUUCCCGAUAUUGUCAAGACUUGAUCUGCAAGGCAUAGAGCGAGACACGAAGCAAGAAUUGAAGACAAUGGAUGGUAUUUUCGAGGAUAUUAUUGAGGGAAGAAUCAUGCUCUAUAAAACUAAAUCGAAAGAGGCCGUAGUAGUUGAACAAGAGGGCAAGAAAGACUUCUUGCAAAUACUACUAGAGUAUAAGAAUCAAAAUACUACAGCAACCUCAUUCAACAUUACUCAGAUAAAAGCUCUUUUUAUGAACAUUGUAUCCGGAGGAACAGACACGACAUCAACGAUGGUGGAAUGGACAAUGGCAGAGCUUUUGCAAAAUCCAACUGUAAUGAAAAAGGUACAAGAUGAAUUAGAGGAAGUUGUAGGACUAAACAACAUUGUUGAAGAGUCUCAUCUUUCAAAGUUACAUCACCUAGAUGCAGUGAUCAAGGAAACAUUACGUUUACAUCCUCCGCUUCCUCUCUUGAUAACACGGUGUCCAAGUCAAUCUUGCAACGUAGGCGGAUACACAAUUCCAAAAGGUUCUGAUGUUUAUUUGAACGUAUGGUCUAUUCAUAGGGAUCCUAAGUAUUGGGACAACCCGUCUGAGUUCAAUUAUAAUAGGUUUCUAAAUCUUGACAGUACAACAAAGUACGAUUAUAAUGGAAAUAAUUUCAACUUUCUCCCAUUCGGGUCUGGGAGAAGAAGGUGCCCCGGAAUUCCCUUGGGUGACAAAAUGUUAGUGUAUUUUUUGGCUUCGUUGUUGCACUCAUUUAAUUGGGCUUUACCAAGUGGCAAAGAGCACGAGCUCUCCAGUAAAUUUGGUAUAGUCUUGAAGAAAAGAGAACCUCUCAUAGCGAUUCCAUCACAAAGGUUAUCAAGCCAAAACCUCUAUAUGUAAUGUAAUGUAAUAAAUUGGUGCAAUAGUUGCAUUGUGUAAUAGUUUUAGAAGCAUAAAAAAUAAAGGAUAUGAAUAAUGUUCGGGUUAGUAUUCUUAAAA